UAAGAACAAAACCUUGAUUCCAAAACUCUCUCUCACACACACACACUUUCCUUUUUCUAUUAUUCGUCUCAAUCUCUCUCUCUCUAUUUCUCUCAUGACGAGUAGUAGUGGAAGUCUUAAACUAGAGAUCCACACCGACGACAAGACGCCGGGAAAAUGGAGCGUACCGCUCGGCGAAGAAGUUUUCCGGAGGUUCUUGAGCGGCGGAGGAGGCUCGGAGAAGGCUGUGUUCGGCGAGGGAUCUCUUUUCAGCCCCUUCUUGUUCGGGAAGUACUUUGAUCCGUCGGAUGCGUUUCCCUUAUGGGAGUUUGAGUCGGAGGUUUUGUUGGACGGCCUCAGGAGCUUAGGACAGUGUAGAGUCGAUUGGUCUCAAACCGAUCAAGCUUAUGUCCUUAAAUCAGAUCUCCCCGUGGUGGGAAAAAAUAAUGUGCAGGUAUACGUGGACGUGGCCGGAAAAGUGAUGGAGAUUAGUGGCAAAUGGAACAGCAACAAGAAAACAGUGGCCAACAGCGACUGGAGAAGCGGCCGGUGGUGGGAAUAUGGCUAUGUCCGCCGUGUCGAGCUUCCGGGCGACGCCGAUCCCAAAACUUCCGAAGCUUUUCUCUCCAACAAAGACGACCACUCUUUCUUAGAGAUCAAAAUCCCCAAGAUUAAUUCCAAGAACAAGUUUUAAUCUGAUGUGGCCUUGCCCCUUACGAGUAUCAUUAAGUUUAGGUUUUUCCUUCUUAACUAUAGAAUGAUUUGUAAUGAUUUUCUGUGGUGGACACACAGAUUAUGAAUGAUACAUUUAUAUACAUACAUGCGUACAAGCAUGUUUAUUAUAUUUGA